CGCUGUUUUUUGUGAAUAAAACUUGAGCAAUGUUGUUUAAUUUCGAAUAAUGUGCAGCAGCUAAAAAUAUGUACAAUAUACCAUACAUAGGUUAUAUAAGCUUUUGUUUGCCUUAGCAGCCUAGGUCACCGUACUGUACCUCAGAAAAAUCAUAACAAAUAAAAUGUGUGCGGCACUUUUACGAAACAGCAUUAAAUGCAUAAAUUUAAGAAUAAACCCAACGUUGUUUGCAAGCAGAAACAUCUGCACAAGCGCGUUUCGCUACAAUUGGCGAAAAACAUCUUCGAUUGAUGUGGAGCGAAAACUGCAGACGGAUGACAAUUUGCCGGAACACUUUCAGUUGAUUUAUAGAGCGCCACUCGAGAACUAUAUGACAUGGACAAAGAAUAUAUCAACAGGCACAGUGACAUUCUUAAGUUUAGUUGCAGGCUAUCAGCUGGCAACAGCAAUGAAUUUUAUGAAUGUUGUCAAGCAAAUUGAUAUUUCCUUUCUCGUAUCGAAUGAAACAGACUUGUACUACUUUACAACGGGUUUUGUGCUAAUCAACCUGGCUAUACGAGCAUUUGUGGCAAAGUAUCCGUUAAGGAUUUAUAAAAGUGCAGAUAAAUAUGUUGCCGUAUAUGGCUCACAAUUGCCAGUGGGAGUUGUUAAACACUUCUUUGAUAGAGGGCAAAUUGCAGAAUACAAGAACGUGCUGAAUCCUUGGAGUCACAGCAUGUACAAAUUGGGCCAGCGAUCAUCAUUACUCUUAGUGGACUACUUUAAAACACCAGCUGAAUUCCACAAAUUGUUUGAGGAAAAGCAAACUUGACUUGUUUUAAUUUGUAUAAAGUUGUGUUGAUUACAUUUUGAUUUUGUAAACAAAA